AUGUAUCCGACCCUGUUUGAACUUGUUCAUGCAACCUGCGGCGCUGCGGCUACCGACGUCAGGGAUCGAGUCUACUCUCUCCUUGGACUUGUCGAUCCUAGAGAAUCUGAGCAGGUUGGGGUGGACUAUGAAGCGCCCACAUGGAAAGUUUUCGCAGCUGCGACUUCUGUUGCGAUUACUGCUACGCGGAGUCUAGACAUCUUGCAGCUAUCUGCGUUGGCCAAUCCCGGAGAGCGUGGUGCCGAGUCGUUUGCGGCUUUCAACAACUUGGAUCUGCUGCCUUCAUGGGCAACGCUCUUCUCGAGAGAAUCAUCUUUACGUUUCAAGCCGUUGGAUGAAUACAUCCUCUGGUCACUAUCCGAGUUCGAACAUAGAACAGACCCCACGAUGAGCGCCGACUGUUCCUUCUUGACAUGUUGGGAUAUCGAUUUGGCUUCAGUCACCUGUGCUCACAAGCUCGAGGGUUACCUAACAGGGGAGAAGUGGCGGUUCUCAGGGGGAUUCGAUGCUGUAGUCGCCCUCAUGGAAGAGACAUAUAGCUCGCUUUUGACGAAUAUAAGGCCAUCUGAAGCUGGCGCAACAAGUAUAGAUCCUCAUCGUGUCCGGGUGGUUCCUUCUGGCUAUGGGCUUGUGAUGCCCCCUUUAGGAGAGGCCAAGGCCGGCUACGCGACUGAUCAAUCAAUUGUUGCUUAUUUGGAGAGUUGGGAAAAGGCUACUAGAGUCGUGUUGGCUGGAAGCCCUCACCGUCUUGCAGCCCAGAAGCUUACGGAGAUGCCACCUCACGUUGACUACACGAACCACACCAGAUACUGCCUAGAUGGUCAAGGUAUCGAGCCGACUGGGUUUCGGCCGAUGACUGGAGAAGCAUCGUUCUUCGCGACAGAGAAUGGAUUCAUCGGUUUGGCUCGAGGGCUACCAGAACCAGGAGACAGGAUCGUCUUGAUUGAAAGAGCAAGGUUGCCGCUGAUGCUCCGCAAGAGUGGAAAGCAUUGGGAAUUUCGAGGAUUCGUGUCAGUCCCAAAUAUUAUGGAGUACGAGCUGCACGAGCUUUGGACCGGUUUCGAGCUACCUCUGAAGGAGUAUGUACUCUGCUGA